UACGACAAAAACGCAGAAAACUUUAUAAAAUAAGUGAAACCAUUUUGCUCCAGAAACCAGUAACUCCCAAGUUCACCAUCACGUCGCUCCCAACGUUUUUUGGUCGCAUUUUACGGCGCUACUAUUCGGUUAAUACCAACCCCGGCAAGAUAAUGGUCGUCACACACAAUGUUAAAGGAUACGAAGAGUUCUCCAAGAAGAUGGAGGAACUGGAGAAUGGAAACGAAUCUGUCCAUGUUCUCUUCAGCGGUGGAAAGGACGAGAAUGGGCAGAGCUGGUGUCCCUACUGCGUCAAGGCGGAGCCGGUGAUACACGAUGCGUUGAAGAAGGCCCCCGGCAACUCGCACUUCGUGCAUGUGGAUGUGGGCGAGCGGGCAUACUGGAAGGACCUGAACUGUCCCUUCCGCAAGGAUCCCAACACCCAUCUGAUUUUCUUGCCCACUUUGCUGCGCUGGAAGCAGCCUCAGCGUUUGGACGGCGAACGUUGCUCCAAUCAGGAUCUCGUCGAGAUGAUGUUCGAAGAUGAGGAUUAAGUGUUAGCGCCAAGCGAUUUUACUUAUAUAUAUAUAAAUAUUUUGGAACUUUACUCAAAUUGGAAUGAACAGAAGUCAACAUACAAUCAAUUAAAAGACUCUCAGUAA